AUGUAAUUUUUUAGUUCUUAGAUGUUGUUUGGAUGUCUAUUUAUGAAUUCUUAGCAGGAUCCAAUCGAAUAAAAAACAGAUUUUAUAAUAGGUUUUUACUUAGAGGAAUAUGAUAAGUAUUAAGCGUUGUACUUAGCAGCUAAUUUCUUUCCUUCUAAGUCAGUUAUUUGUAAUAAAGAUUAAUCUACAUCACUAAAUGUACCUAAAAUGUAAAUAAACUUGUCAUUAAAUAUUUAGCUCAAAAUCGAUAAGGCUUUUUUUACCUUAUCGAACUGCUCUCUUUUUUAUCUGUUGUAGGUAAAGAUAAUAUACUAAUUCUAUUCGAACCUGUUAGCUGCCUUAGUCAAAAACUUCAUCUAAUCUCCUUGGAAAUAUAUUCCUGAAAUUUCAGUAAUCUUAAAUUAGAAUAAACCCAAAUUUUGGAGCUAUACAUUUACAAUACAUCCUAAAAUUCCAGCACUUUCAAAAUAUUCUUUCUCAUUAUAAUUAAAAUUAUUUUAGAGAGUAUCCAUUAUUGAAGAUUUGCCAGAACAAUGUGGUCCGCAAAGGAGGACUCUACAAUCAGUUCCACCUUGA